AUUUUUUUGUUUUUUGAACACAGGGCCUCACUGGGAAGCCUGGCAUCGAGGGGCCACAGGGGCCAGUAGGCAUGUAUGGAUAUCCAGGAGCUGUUGGUUUGCGUGGACUGCCAGGUCACACAGGACAAAGAGGAGACGAAGGCGUCAGAGGACUGGCUGCUCCACCUGGCAAGAGAGGACCCCCAGGUUCAAAAGGACCUCGCGGGGAAGCAGGAGCUCGAGGACCUCAGGGUCACCAGGGAGAACCAGGGACCAGGGGGACACAGGGCGCGCCGGGUCCCCGUGGGUUGCCAGGUGUGGUGGGCAUCAUGGGAAAGGGGGGUCCUCCAGGAUCUCUGGGGCCCGUGGGAGUGGCUGGGCCGGCGGGACCUGUCGGAUUACCAGGUAAAGUGGGCCUCGAUGGACUCAUGGGGCAGAAAGGAGAGAAAGGUCAAAGGGGAACACUGGGACCUCCAGGAGAUACUGGUCCAGUCGGUUUAGAAGGAGAGCGGGGCCUUCCAGGUCCUGCCGGAGUAGAUGGGCCACCAGGACGAAAAGGCGAGGAGGGAGACUUCGGGCCGUUUGGAAGAGCUGGAGCUGUGGGUCCUCCUGGCCUUCCUGGUCUCCAGGGCGAGCAGGGCCACCGGGGAGAGCCAGGGCAGAGCGGGAAGGAGGGUGCAACUGGGCCUCCUGGCGAAAUUGGCGAUCAAGGGUCCAAAGGAGAAAAGGGCAGUCCAGGGUUACUAGGUUUCCGUGGUGUGCCAGGCUUCCCAGGAGAGUUUGGGACCAAGGGAGCCAGAGGCAUCAGCGGAGCCAAGGGAUAUUUGGGGCGGCUUGGCGAGGCUGGAUUGAUGGGGAACAUUGGGCCACCUGGUUUGGCUGGACUAGAGGGUGUCACAGGUCCUAGGGGAUCAACAGGACCUGAUGGACUUCUAGGGAAAAAGGGGGAUACUGGACCAAUAGGGAUCAUCGGUGUCACUGGGACGCUAGGUCAACAGGGACCAUCAGGGAGCAGGGGAUUAAAAGGGGACACUGGGAGCCCAGGACCAAAGGGCUCGAUAGGGCUGCGAGGCCCACAUGGUUCUCUUGGCCCAAAGGGGUUGGCAGGGCCAGAGGGCGCCCGAGGCGAACCAGGGGAGAAAGGAGAGACGGGAGCAAUGGGAGAAGAGGGUUUACCUGGAAGAAGAGGGCCACAAGGAGCUUCAGGAUCAGAGGGGCUGGCUGGUGAUUUAGGGCCGGAUGGACCAACUGGUCCUCCAGGACCUGAGGCAAGUACAUUUUAGUCAGUAAUGAGCUCUCAGACACUCUGUCCCAUACAUCACUUGGAGGUAAUGGCUGCCCUACGCUACCAUUGAGGAGUCGUUCAUGAAACAUUUACUGACUCUUUCUAGGGGAAGAAAGGCAGAGGAGGACCUCAGGGGAGACCAGGUCCGGUGGGACAAAAGGGUAAAGACGGUCGUGAUGGGCGAGCAGGGAAGACAGGGUAUAGUGGCCCAAGGGGGAAACGGGGAAAGGCAGGAAUCAGAGGACUUCGAGGGAUUCCAGGAGAAAAGGUACGUUUUCUUAAAGGAUGGUUUUUUUU